UUUUGGUACAAUUCGGAUUAAAAUAUUAACCGAUAAUGAAUACCUCCACAAUUAUUUUCAAGACUUUAUUACCUAAAUUUUCUGUAUUUCCAUUAAUUAAUCUAAGUAUUUCGAGAUACAGUUCUUCCCUCCCAUUUAAUACAAUGAUGAUGUUUGUGCCUCAGCAAGAGGCAUGGAUAAUUGAAAGAAUGGGCAAAUUUAAUCGGAUAUUACAACCAGGUCUUAAUUUUCUUUUACCUUUUAUUGAAAGAGUCAGAUAUGUACAAAAUUUAAAGGAAAUACCUAUUGAAAUUCCACAACAGGGUGCUAUUACAGCUGAUAAUGUUGGAUUAACUUUAGAUGGUGUUCUUUAUCUUAAGAUAUUUGACCCUUACAAAGCAAGUUAUGGAGUUGAAGAUCCAGAAUUUGCUAUAUCUCAAUUAGCUCAAACUAAUAUGAGAUCAGAAAUUGGUAAGAUAUCAUUGGAUUCUGUUUUUAAAGAGAGGGAAUCUUUGAAUAUAAUGAUUGUUGCUUCAAUAAAUAAAGCAUCUGAAGCUUGGGGAAUCAGUUGUUUAAGAUAUGAAAUAAGGGAUGUUAAACUACCUAAUAGGGUUCAGGAGGCAAUGCAGAUGCAAGUUGAGGCGGAACGUAAAAAGAGAGCGGCUAUAUUGGAAUCGGAAGGUAUGAGAGAGUCAGCCAUAAAUAUUGCAGAAGGAGAAAAAUCCGCCAGAAUUAUGUCGUCGGAAGCAGAAAAGGCUGAAAAAAUUAAUGUUGCAAAUGGAGAAGCAGAAGGGUUGAUAGCUAAAGCAAUAGCUCGAUCCAAAUCAUUGGAUAUAAUUUCCAAAGCAUUAAGUCUGAAAGAUGGUAAAAGUGCAGCAUCGUUUGCUAUAGCUGAACAGUAUGUUAAGACUUUUGGGAAUUUGGCAAAACAAAAUAAUACAUUGAUCCUACCUGCUCAAACCGGAGAUGUUUCAAGCAUGGUGGCACAGGCUUUAUCCAUUUUCAAAUCCAUAUCAAAUGCGUCUAAAUCAGAUGCAAUAAAAAAUGAAGAAGAAAUGCUUGAAUCACCUCAAUCAGGAGAAUCUAGAAAUGAUAUAAAAGAUAAAUUUAUUUCAAAUAGUCAUCGAAAAUGGUGAUAUUACAAAAAUAAUUUUAUCAUACUAUUUUAUAACUAUAUCGAUCAAGAAUAAA